AUGGUCAAAGUCGAAGAGAUUCGCGAUAAGGACUUGCGCUCCAGCUCGCCUUAUGGUAGCUCCGAAUACAGCUCGUCAAGUGACUCUGUCGCGAGUACUUCCUCAUCCCUUAGUACUGCAUCCUCUCCCGAGAAAGAGACACUUGGUGAACGCCUCGCGGCACUUGUAGACAUUGUGCCUCCCACAACUCGCCAGUCUAUUGGUAGCAAGGUCUCAAGUGCAGCUUCGAUUGCCAAGCGCGUUGGGAAGAUCGGGGGGAAUAUCAUUUGGGUAAUCACAACCAGCGCAUUACUCGUAGGGUUGCCUCUUGCGCUUGCGCUCGAGGACGAGGCAAAGAUCGUGCAACAAGAAAAGGAAAUGCUGGCCCAGCAACAGGGCGCACAGGGUAUGCUCGCCCCAUACGGGCAACAGGGACAGCAGGGACAGCCAGGCCAAUCAUCCAGCUCUGGUCUUGUGCCUCCCGGAUUUUAG